AGAGCUGUUUAAAAUGCUUUAGUAUUCUCAGCCAGUGCAGAGCCAGACACUGAGAGACACACACUGCUCACAGCUUGUCCUGCUUAUACAUCUACCUACCUACAGCACUGCAACUUUCUGUACUGGAGCGACACACACAUCGUCUCAUCUGCGGAGGACAGGAGGACAGGAUAGGGAAAACACCAGAGAGGAGCACACUAAAUAUUGUAAUGGCCAACACCGUAACGUCGCUGUGCUGUGUGGUGCUAGCUGCCGUGGUGGUGGCGUACGCUCAGAGACGCAGCCAAACAGGGGCCAGUAUUCAGUAUGAGCGUAUGGGUGGGGACGUGACUAUGCAGUGUGGCUCUCUGGACAGCGAGGCCAGCGUGACAUGGAAGGUUAACGGGACGGACGUGAAGGCACGCCACCGGGAGGAGGGGUCUAGACUCAUACUGAUGGAGGUGGACCUCUCUAACAACGGACUCUACACCUGCUUCCAGAACCCCAACGGAGAACGACGGGACCAAAUCAACCUACGUAUCGGAACUUCCCCUAGGGAACCCACGGUGAUGUGUCGCUCCAACACCUACCCUAAAGGCUUCUACUGUAGCUGGCACCUUCAGCACCCCACCUCCAUACCCACAGACUUCGAUGUCAACGUCCAACACAACCAGAAGUCCCUAGAAGCAACGAGGGAUGCGGUCCAUAAGAACCGCUGUCACGUUAAGUUCCUUGAGGUGUUCAGUAGCUACCCCUACAGAGUCAACGUCACUGCCCUCAACGCCCUCGGAAGUGCCUCCACUGCCAUCACCUUCGAAGAGUUCAACAUAGUGAAGCCAGACCCCCCUGAAAAGGUGGUGGCCACGCCCAUCCCUAACAACGUUCGUCGUCUGGAGGUCACCUGGAAUAGCCCUUCUACCUGGCCAGAUGUAGAGAACUUCCCCCUGAAGUACUUCCUACGAUACAGGCCCCUCAUCAGAGACCAGUGGCAACACGUGGAGUUGUCAGACAGUACGGCCCACACCAUAACGGAUGCGUAUGCAGGGAAGGAGUACAUCGUCCAGGUGGCGGCUAAGGACAUGGAGAUCGGCACCUGGAGUGACUGGAGCGUCGCGGUGCACGCUACCCCCUGGAUGGAUGAACCCAAACAGAUCCCCUCCACCACCGAGCAGGAACCGCUCCUCGACACCACCCCUUCCGCAGCCCCUCCCUCAGCAGAGCCCCAUAGGGCGGGCGUCCCAGUGGGUGGUGCUUCCUCAACCCUCCUCUCACCCCUCCUCUGGUACUCCAGCUAUCUGCUGCUAGGGGCCCUAAUUUGAUGUAAAUGUUUAAUUCCUGUGGAAGAAAUUAAGGAGAGUCUUCUAUUUCUCUGCACAUGUUAAUGGACAUCCUACAUUGAUCAUUUAAUUCAAGUUUCACACAACGUUAAGUAGAAAAUAAAGAGCAACUUCAACAACUACUCCAACAACAACAGCAACAACAACAACAAUAAUAAGAGGAACAACAACAACAACAACAACAGGUACUAACAGACAGCAAAGCUACAGAGCUACACAGAUACAGAUAUCAUUGAUUGAUUGAUUGAUUCCCACGGACUCCAACACAGAAACAGAACUGUCUCCAGGGAAGCUUUGUGGAUCUGAGACUGAUGAGACUUCUGCACAACAGACUGAUUUCAUUCUCCAUCUUUUAUUUUGAUUUUAAUUGAUUUUUGUAAACAAUUGUAUUCAUUAUCCAGUGAUAUUUGAGACACUUGUAAAGAUCCCAAGAUCCUUUCUUUGACAUACAGCUAACUCGUCAUGCCAAAGACUUGUCUUGGAGAAGUUUUCCCACAAUCCUUAGCUUCCUGAAGCCUGUGCCUGUGUAGAAAGGAUGGAACCCGGAGUAUUUGGUAACUCCAGGAAUCUGCAUCUGACCGACCGACAAGAAAUUUUCACAACAAAACAGAGAACUAACUAACACUUUGGAGAAAUCCUGAAUAAGCAUUCUUUACCUGUUAUUGGUUUGUUUUGCGUUCUGCUUCACCUCAGUGAUCACCAAGAGAGUUUAGCUGUAAAAAACACUAUGGAUUUGGGGUUUUUCCAUUGAGGAAAUACAGUAGAGAUCCAUAUUUUUGGGACCUCAGACCUCUUACCCAAGGCUCCAUACAUUUAGGCGUCAGUCCUCCAGAGGAAUAACGCUCUGUGUAAAACACACGAGGUUUUGCCUUUGACAUUAAAUAGACAUUUAGUAUUAUUAUUGUUGUGCUCUGUCAUACAGAACCAGUCAACAGUUUGGACACACCUAGUCAUUCAAGGGUUUUUCUUUAUUUUCACCAUGUUCUACAUUGUACAAUAAAAGUGACCACAUCAUAACUAAGAAACAACACAUAUGGAAUCAUGUUAAACAAAUGAAAAUAUACAGUGCCCACGGAAAGAAUUCAGACCCCAUCACUUUUUCCACAUUUGGUUGCGUUACAGCUAUAUUUUAAAUCAAAUAAAUAAAAAAAUCCUCAGCAAUCUACACAAUACCCCAUGAUGACAUCACAAUACCUCAUGAUGACAUCACAAUACCCAAUGAAGAAAUCACAAUACCCCCAUGAUGACAUCACAAUACCCCCAUGAUGACAUCACAAUAUCCCAUGAUGACAUCACAAUAUCCAAUUAAGACAAAGCAAAAACAAGUUUUUAGAAAUGCUUGCACAUUUAUUAAAUAUAAAAAACAUAAAUUUAAUAAUAAAUAAUAAUAAACUUUAAAAAUAGAAAUACCUUAUUUACAUAAGUAUUCAGACCCUUUGCUAUGAGAUUUGAAAUUGAGCUCAGGUGCAUCCUGUUUCCCAUUGAUCAUCCUUGAGAUGUUUCUACAACUUGAUUGGAGUCCACCUGUGGUAAAUUCAAUUGAUUGGACAUGACUUGGAAAGGCACACACCUGUCUAUAUAAGGUCUCACAGUUGACAGUGCCUGUCAGAGAAAAAAAACAAGACAUGAGGUCAAUUGGCCGUAGGGCUCCGAGGCAGCAUUGUGUCGAGGCACAGAUCUGGGAAAGGGUACCAAAACAUUUCUGCAGCAUUGAAGGUCCCCAAGAAGAUAGUGGCCUCCAUCAUUCUUUAAUGGAAGAAGUUUGGAACCACCAAGACUCUUCCUAGAGCUGGCCUCCCAGCCAAACUGAGCAAUCAGGGGAGAAGGGCAUUGGUCAGGUAGGUGACCAAGAUCCCGAUGGUCACUCUGACAGAGCUCCAGAGUUCUUCUGUGGAGAUGGGACAACCUUUCAGAAGGACAACUAUCUCUGCAGAACUCCACAAAUCAGGCCUUUAUGGUAGAGUGGCCAGACAGAUGCCACUCCUCAGUAAAAGGCACAUGACAGCCUGGUUGGAGUUUGCCAAAAGGCACCUAAUAUCUCUCAGACCAUGAGAAACAAGAUGCUCUGGUCUGAUGAAACCAAUAUUGAUAUUUUUGGCCUGAAUACAAAUCGUCACGUCUGGAGGAAACUUGGCACCAUCCCGAAGCAUGGUGGUGGCAGCAUCAUGCUGUGGGGAUGUUUUUCAGCAGCAAGGACUGGGAGACUAGUCAGGGUUUGAGGCAAAGCUGAACGAAGCAAAGUACAGAGAUCCUUGAUGAAAACCUGUUCCAGAGCGCUCAGCACCUCAGACUGGGGCGAAGGUUCACCUUCCAACAGGGAAAUGACCCUAAGAACACAGCCAAGACAGUGCAUGAGUGGCUUCGGGACAAGUCUCUGAAUGUCCUUGAGUGGCCCAGCCAGAGCCCAGACUUGAACCCAAUCGAAUAUCUCUGGAGAGAUCUGAAAAUGGCUGUGCAGCGACGCUCCCCAUCCAACCUGACAUAGCUUGAGAGGAUCUGCGAAGAAUGGGAGAAACUCCCCAAAUACAGGUGUACCAAGCUUGUAGCAUCAUACCCAAGAAGACUCAAGGUUCUAAUCACUGCCAAAUGUGUUUCAACAUAGUACUGAGUAAAGGGUCUGAAUUCUUAUGUAAAUGUCAUAUUUCAUUAUUAUUUUUUUAAUUAGAAAGCAUUUUUUAAAACCUGUUUUUGCUUUGUCAUAUGUGUGAGGAUAUAUUCUUUUUUUAAAUACAUUUUAGAGUAAGACUCUAACAUAACAAAAUGUGAAAAAAAUUCAAGGGGUCCAAAGCCACUGUAUUUUCGAUUGGAGAUUCUUCACAGUAGCCACCCUUUGCCUUGAUGACAGCUUUGCACACUCUUAGCACUCUCUCAAACAGCUUCACCUGGAAUGUUUUUCCAACAGUCUUGAAGUAGUUCCCACAUAUGCUUAGCACUUGUUGGCUGCUUUUCCUUCACUCUGAGGUCCAACUCAUCCAUAACCAUCUCAAUUGGGUUUGGAUUGGGUGAUUGUGGAGUCCAUGUCAUCUCAUGCAGCACUCCAUCACUCUCCUUCUUGGUCAAAUAGCCCUUACACAGCCAGGAGGUGUGUUGGGUCCCUGUCCUGUUGAAACCAUUUUUUUUUUUUUUGUUCCAGUAAGUGCAAACCAGAUGGGAUGGCGUAUUGCUGCAGAAUGCUGUGGUAGCCAUUCUGGUUAAGUGUGCCUUGAAUUCUAAAUAAAUCACUGACAGUGUCACCAGCAAAGCACCUCCACAGAUUCACACCUCCUUUUCCAUGCUUCACUGUGGUAACCACACAUGCAGAGAUCAUCCGUUCACCAAUUUGGACUCAUCAGACCAAAGGACAGUGUUUUUUAGCUCAAUCAAGUAUCUUCUUCUUAUUGUGUCCUUUAGUAGUGGUUUCUUUGCAGCAAUUCGACCAUGAAGACCUGAUUCACGCAGUCUCCUCUGAACAGUGAGUUGCUGAGAUGUGUCUGUUACUUGAACUCCGUGAAGCAUUUAUUUAGGCUACAAUCUGAGGUGCAGUUAACUCUAAUGAACUUAUCCUCUGCAGCAGAGGUAACUCUGGGUCUUCCUUUCCUGUGGUGGUCCACAUGACAACCAGUUUCAUCAAUGCGCUUGAUUGUUUUUGCGACUGCACUUGAAGAAACUUUUCAAAGCAUUCACUGACCUUAAUUUCUUAAAGUAAUGAUGGACUGUCGUUUCUCUUUGCUUAUUUGAUCUGUUCUAGCCAUAAUAUGGACUUGGUAUUUUACCAAAUAGGGCUAUCUUCUGUAUACCACCCUACCUUGUCACAACACAACUGAUUGGCUCAAAGACAUUAAGAAGGAAAUAAAUUCCACAAAUUAACAGGGCACACAUGUUAAUUGAAAUAAAUUCCAGGUGACUACCUCAUGAAGCUGGUUGAGAGAAUGCCAAGAGUUUGCAAAGCUGUCAAAAAAGCAAAGGGUGGCUACUUUGAAGAAUCUCAAAUAUAAAAUAUGUUUUCAUUUGUUUAACACUUAUUUUUACUACAUGAUUCCAUGCAUGCUAUUUCAUCAUUUUGAUGUCUUUACUAUUAUUCUACAAUCUAAAAAAAAAAGUAAAAAUAAAGAAAAUGCCUUGAAUGUGUAGGUGUGGCCAAACUGUUGACCGGUUCUGUGUUUAUAGGAUUUUGGGGCUCUCUUCAAAAGCUGAAGCAUUAUAGAUUUUGCGAUAGAAAUUUAAAGGUAAUUUCCGAUUGAGCCGACAUGUGCAGAGUUUACCGUUAAUGCAGUCUCCGCUAAAGUGGGAACAUUGCCUUUAAAUGUCAAUCAGCCUGUAAAGCUGAAGUUCCGCGAUGCGGAUUGAAUAGAGCCCCAAGUAGUUUUUUUUCAGACAUUCAGAAUGGCUUAAUUCUCCACGAUCAUAUUUUGUAAAAACUAUGAUAUGUAUCUUUAAAAUGAAAAACAUUUAUUAUUUAAUAAUGUAUGUAUUAGCUUUAGAUUCUUGUAACCUGUACCUAGGUUAUUUUUAUAGAUAUAUAUACAAUGAGAGGUUGUUCAUUAAAUGUGACCAUUUCACAAUGA